GGAGAGGGGGGGGAGAAAGAAAGAAAGGUCUACACAGGAAAAAAGGUGGUCCCACUCCGAAAACACCGUUUCCAAGCAGGCGGUCUCAAUUCCAUACUUUUCUUCUCAUAUCGCAUCGCGAUUAAAGUUAUACAAACACGUUAACAACCCUUAUUUUUGGACUCAACAUGUUCAUGUUAGCAAAAACUAACGGGAUGCUAUCAUUCUAGCAGGAUUAAAGUUUUAGAAAUACGGAAAAAUGGAGAGAAGAGCUGAAACUGGGGUGAAGAGGCUGGCGCUGGGAAUCUCGCCUUACUCCCACCAUCGCCUGUAAGAAAACCCCUCUUAAGAUUAAUAUCUGAUUAAAUUAACAUUUCACGUCGACUGGAAUUCACACAAUUCUGGGGUGUUGACUGAAGAGGUAACUGAGUGUGGGACUGGACGUGUUGCCUUGGAGAUGAGGAUGUGCUGCUGGCACCAGGAAGGAAGGAUUUUGAUGUGAUGGGGUGCAGGACGAGCAAAGUCCUCCCAGAGCCACCCGCUGACGUCCAACUUGACCUAGUCAAAAAGGUAGAGCCGCAUCAGACCGAUGUCUAUAAAAACUUCAUCAGAAGUGAAGGUGGCGGGGAGAAAACAGGCUCGCAAUCCCCUCAGGGUCAAAGCCAGGCUGCUGCUGCGAAGGUGAGCCAGUCCCCUCCACCAGCUAACAGCCAGACAGAGCCCGCUGACCCACACCGGAAAAAGGUAGCCAAAUACAGGGCCAAAUUUGACCCUCGAGUGACUGCUAAGUAUGAUAUCAAAGCUUUGAUAGGUCGGGGCAGUUUCAGUCGGGUUGUACGAGUGGAACACAGGAGCACACGGCAGCCAUACGCCAUCAAGAUGAUCGAGACCCGCUACCGUGAGGGCAGAGAAGUAUGUGAAUCUGAACUUUGCGUCCUGCGACGGGUUCGCCACACUAACAUCAUCCAACUGAUGGAGGUGUUCGAGACAGCUGAGCGGGUCUACAUGGUGAUGGAGCUGGCCACCGGCGGAGAACUGUUCGACCGCAUCAUCGCCCGUGGGUCUUUCACAGAAAGGGAUGCCACGCGGGUGCUGCAGAUGGUUCUCGAUGGCGUGAAGUACCUCCACACGUUGGGCAUCACGCACAGGGACCUGAAACCUGAAAACUUGCUUUACUACCAUCCUGGUGCUGAUUCCAAGAUUAUGAUCACAGACUUUGGCCUGGCCAGCACGCGGAAGAAAGGCGACGAAUGCCUGAUGAAGACGACCUGUGGAACGCCUGAGUACAUCGCUCCUGAGAUCCUCGUUCGUAAGCCGUACACCAAUGCAGUGGACAUGUGGGCGCUGGGAGUCAUCUCCUACAUACUGCUCAGUGGCACCAUGCCUUUUGAGGAUGACAAUCGCAUGCGCCUGUACCGACAGAUCCUCAAAGGGAAAUACAGUUUCUCCGGCGAGCCAUGGCCAAGUGUUUCCAACCUUGCCAAGGACUUCAUUGACCGUGUCCUCACGGUGGAUCCAAAUGAGCGUCUCACUGCGGGCCAAGCACUUAAACACCCUUGGGUUGUCAGCAUGGCAGCUUCCUCCUCUAUGAAGAACCUGCAGCGGUCCAUUUCCCAGAACCUCCUGAAGAGAGCGUCCUCACGCUGCCACAGCACUAAAUCAGCCCAGUCCACUCGCUCCAGCCGCUCCACAAAGUCCAGCAAGGCACGGCGCGUUCGCGAGAAAGAGCUGCGAGAACUCAACCGCCGGUACCAGCAGCAAUGUAGCGGUUGA